GCGCGGGGGAGGAUGAAGCCAGCGCACCGUGUUGGGCUUCCCAACGGACGCAGAGCUCAGUGACUGCUGGGAAAACCUGCUUUUAACAUCAUUUCAGAUUCGUGGAUGGAUUUGUGAUCGGGUGUUUUGGGCCGUAGAGCUGGAGAAUGUGUAUCCGAGCUGAGGAGCGGUGCUCCGGCUGGAGGGGAGCCGCGGAGGUCCGGAUCUGUUCCCGGGACCACAGGUGUUUCCUGUAAACAGUGACUCCAAAUCCCAACAUGCCGAGCUGUGGAUAGAGAGCCUGUCUGUGGGUCGAGCGGACCUGUGUCUACCUCCCUGCUCCUCCUCUCCUCAUCAUUACCUAGUUCCUCGUCCUCCUCUUUAUCCUCCCCUUACUCUUCCUCCUCCUCUCUUCCUGUCUCUAUCCCUCCACCUCCUCCUCUUCCCCCCCCCCCCACAGCACACAUGCAGGCCAAGAAGCGGUACCUGCUUGUGUCUGUGGGGGCCGGUCUUCUCUUCCUCGUCUACCUGUGGGGUCUGCAAAUCGGGGAGUUCCAGCAGCAGCCGUACCAAUAUCACCAGUUUCCCCAGUACCCCCAGUACCACCAGCCGGAUUACCAGUACUACCACCAGAGCCAGGAGGUGUACCAGCCCCUGCCCCAGAGGAGCCCCUCCAGACCCCCAAGGCACUGGCCAGAGUCCACCCAGCUGCUGGAGCCGUACCUGGAGGGAGGAGAGCAGGAGGAGGACAGCCCUCAGGUCCAACACCAGCACACGUCGCCUCGUGAACGCCGAGCGAUCCGAGACAACAUCUACAGGAACAAGCGCUGCCGCAUGGAAACCUGCUUCGACUUCGCUCGCUGCCAGACGGGCUUCAGGGUUUACAUCUACCCUCCACAGAGAGGGGACGAGAUCUCCGAGACCUACCAGAAGAUCCUGUCGUCCAUCGAGGAGUCUCGCUUCCACACCACAGACCCCUCGAGGGCCUGUCUCUUCAUCCUGGCCGUGGACACGUUGGACAGGGACCAGCUCUCGGCUCAGUUUGUCCAGAACGCCAGGCUCCGAAUCCAGAGCCUGCCCACGUGGAACGAUGGCAGGAACCACAUCAUAUUCAACCUGUACUCUGGCACCUGGCCGGACUACACAGAGGACCUGGGCUUCGAGGUGGGCCAGGCCAUGUUGGCCAAAGCCAGCGCAGAUGUGGUCAACUUCAGACCCAACUUUGAUAUCUCCAUCCCUCUAUUCUCCAAGGAGCACCCGCUAAAAGGAGGGGGCAUGGGUUAUCUGACGCUCAACGAUGCACCGCCUUCCAGGAAGUACCUGCUGGUUUUCAAAGGGAAGCGAUACCUGACUGGCAUCGGUUCUGAGACGAGGAACGCUCUGUAUCACAUCCACAACGGGGAAGAUAUCAUUCUGCUGACCACAUGCAAACAUGGCAAGGACUGGGAGAAACACAAGGACUCUCGCUGCAACAGAGAUAAUGAAGAAUACUCAAAGUUUGACUACCAGGAGCUGCUCCAUAACUCCAGUUUCUGCCUGGUUCCCCGGGGCCGACGGCUCGGAUCCUUCCGCUUUCUGGAGGCUCUGCAGGCGGCGUGUAUCCCGGUGAUCCUGAGUAACGGCUGGGAGCUUCCCUUCUCUGAAGUCAUCGACUGGAGGAAAGCCGCCAUCAUUGGAGAUGAGAGGCUUCUGCUACAGGUUCCCUCCAUUACUCGCUCCGUGGGCCGUGACAGGAUCUUGGCUCUCCGCCAGCAGACUCAGUUCCUGUGGGACGCCUACUUUUCUUCUGUAACCAAAAUCGUCUUAACUACUCUGGAGAUCAUCCAGGACCGUGUGGACUCCCAUGUGUCCAGAAACAGGUUGUUGUGGAAUUCCCUUCCUGGUGGUCUCCAUGCUCUCCCCCAGUACUCAUCUGACCCCGCCCAGUUCCCUUUUUACUAUGCCAUACUGGGGAAGAGUCCGUGGCAGCAGUUCACAGCUGUGAUCCACACGGUGACUCCUCUUCAGGCCCAGAUCUCCCCCGUGGUGAAGCUCAUCAUCGCUGUGGCCAAGUCCAAGUUCUGUGCACAGAUUGUGGUUUUAUGGAACUGCGAGAAGCCUUUACCUCCCCGGAACAAGUGGCCCUCCACCAGCGUGCCUCUCACUGUCAUCGAAGGGCAGACCAAGACGAUGAGCAGUCGUUUUUUCCCCCACGACGUCAUCCUCACUGAUGCCGUUCUCAGUCUGGAUGAAGACUCGGUUCUCUCCACAAAUGAGGUGGAUUUUGCAUUUAGAGUAUGGCAAAGCUUUCCGGAGCGUAUCGUUGGUUAUCCGGCGAGAAGCCACUACUGGGAUGGUUCCAGAUCCCGCUGGGGCUACACCUCCAAAUGGACCAAUGAUUACUCCAUGGUCCUCACGGGGGCCGCUUUCUACCACAGAUACUACCACUACCUGUUCACACACUACGUCCCCACCAGCCUGCUGACCAUGGUGGACCGCAUGGCGAACUGCGAAGACAUCCUGAUGAACUUCCUGGUUUCAGCUGUUACCAAGCAACCGCCAAUCAAAGUCACUCAGAAGAAGCAGUACAAGGAAACCAUGAUGAGCCAGGGCUCCAAGUCGUCUCGCUGGGCCGACCCGGACCACUUCGCCCAGCGGCAGACCUGCAUGAACGCCUUCUCUCACUGGCUGGGUUUCAUGCCCCUGGUGCACUCCCAGAUGAGGCUGGACCCCGUGUUGUUCAGGGACCAGGUCUCCAUUCUGAGGAAGAAAUACAGAGACAUUGAGAGGCUGUGAAUGCACCACGAUAGCCUGCACACCAAAUCAUUGUGUGUGUGUCCGAGAAGUCGUGACAGGACUACAACCACUGAAUGUGAACAUUUGUGAGGCUAUGAAGAAAAAACUCACACAUGGACACUGGACAUUAAAAUGAUGAAACACUAUGGUACGCAUAUGGCAUUUAAAUGCAUAUUUCUAUGAAUAAAAAAACACAGAUUCUAUAUGCGUGGUAACAGCGAGUGACUGUGAUUACCCGC